GUGGUGGGGGUGAGCCCUGUCUGUCAUCUUCCAAGGUUCCAGGUUCAAUUCAAGUUCUUAUUCGAAGGGUAAAGAACAUUGAACCCAUUCAAGGCAUUUCCAUAUUCCUUAAUCUUGUAUCUACAUAGACUGCGUUAAAUCGCACUUCUCACUUUUAUUCAACCUGGAAUAGUUGAUACCCUUUCUUUUUCACUGAAUUUAUUAGCAAAUUAAUUCCUAUGCUUUGUAGGAUUAGGGAUCACAUCAUUGCUCCCAAUAAUAUCUUCGCUGGGCGAUCUGCCUUUCUACUCACAUACCAAUACCCUCACCAGUGACGUCGUCUCAUCUAAUCCCACUCACACACUCCAUUCCAGCCAACAGAUUCAACAAAUCUCCGAUCUACGAAUCUCCAUUACAAAUUACGAAUUGCGACCUGCUGUACGAAUUACUUACCGUACCAACAAAAUACAUACAUCGGAUACCGCCACGUCGUACGUAUAUAAUCAUCGACAUUGGUCCGUGAGACCAAUAAAGUCAGCAUUGACACCAACUGCGCAUUCGACCGGUACGAAGAGAACCUAUUAUCAUGGCAUCAGUGACGUCCUUAGACAAGGACUUGCGACAGUUGCGCCUUGACAAAUACACUCCAGCCGCUGCGAAUGAAGCUAGAUCGUGGAUCGAGAACGUCUUAGGAACUAGACUCCCAUCUAAUGAUCUUCUCGAUGGUCUCAAAGAUGGCGUCGCCUUAUGCAAACUCAUCAACUUGGCGGUCGGUCCACCCGGCGUCAAAUUCAAAACGUCAGCGAUGCCCUUUAUCCAAAUGGAGAAUAUCUCGCAUUUUCUCCGCGCCUGCCAAUCCCCACCUCUAAAUCUACAAGAUCACGAUAUGUUUCUCACCGUCGAUCUUUACGAGCGAAAAGACCCCGCCCAAGUUCUUCAAUGCCUCGGCGCUUUCUCCCGCGCCGCGCAUUCUGUCAAUCCCGCCGCAUUCCCCUCGCCUAUCGGACCCAGAGCACGAGGGUCCACCAUGAGCCCACAGAGCACAGGCCCAACGACACCGAGAACGCGGGGCGUGUCUAAUGUGAGCAACAAUUCAUCUACAUAUGGGUCGCGUUCGGCUAUGCUUCCUUCACGAACCGGAGAUUCAGGAUCGGGACGUUGGAGCCCCACAAAGAGCCCAACAGCCAACAGCGAGCGAGCAGGGUCGAAUGUGUCGAGCUGGAGCAAGAGAGACCAUGAAGGUGUUACGAGCCCAGCAUGGAAUAUUGCGCAGUAUGGAUACAUGGGUGGCGCAAGCCAAGGCAAUUUGGGUAUAUCAUUUGGAGGCCGACGUCAAAUCACCACCGCUAGUCCCCAAGUUCCUAGCUUCGCCGAAAAGGAGCGUAGGCGCAAAGAGCAAGAAGCCGAGAUCGAGCGCCAGAGACUACAAUCAGAAGAAGAAGAACGUAUCCGUAAGGCGGAGCUGGAAGCUGAAGAGGAGCGAGCACGGGUAGCAGAACAACGGAGAUGGGAAGAAGAAACGACGCGACUACGAGCGGAAGAGAAGCGCAAAGCAGACGAUGAAAAACGUCGCUGGGAGGAGGAAGAACGGCAAUGGAAGAUAACAGAAGAGAAACGCCGGAGGGAAGAAGAGGAUGCCGAAGCAAGACUAGCCGAAGAGCGCCGUCUUGCACGGUCUCCAAGAUUACAAGGGCAGUUUCUCAGCCAAUACCAAGCUGAGCAGGGUAUUACGCCACAGAAGAGUGGCGGGGGUGGAUAUAGUGAUCGCAUUAAACAGCUCGAAGAAGAAUUGGAAUUAGCAAGGCAACGCGAACAACAAUACGAGGAAGAGCGACAGCGACGGUCACAGAACCGAGCGCGAUCUCGCAGCCGACCAGGAAAGCCGGAGAGACCGCCUAGCCGGCAAGACUCGUGGCGACCUAAAGAUGAGCGUCAGUUCCUAAGCACGCAGUGGAAUCGGGAGCGAGAGCGGGAACGGGAACAGGAACAGGAGCAAGUAUUUGCACCUCCACCUCCGCCACGACCUCUUCCCGUACCCGUAUCAGUGCCGGCGCCGGGUCCGGUCAAGACACAUCGUACAGGAGAGAGACUACCCCCUCUACCUGUCAAGCCCCAAAGGACUGGCGAGAAUAGGCCUCUACCCAUUCCGGACCGGGUUAAGAAACAGGUAACAGGAAGCCCGGGACCCAACCCUUCGUCUCGACCCUUACCCGUCCCAUCCGCGAACCCCAACGGGAGCAGCCGCACGGAUCGCUACCUGGCAACCAACCCAGCGCCUGCCCCGCCUCCUCCGCAACAAACGUACUCCCGCGAGUUAGACGCGACAGCCGAGCGCGACGCCGAAGACCGCAGGAGAGCCGAGUCUCAAGCCAAGACCAAAGCCGCCGGCUGGGCGGGCAAGUCCCUCCUUGAGAGGGAAAUGGAAAUGGAGCGACAAAGACAGCGCGAGUGGGAAGAGGCACAGCAGGAAACGGCGAAAGCGGCGAGAUCUGGAGAUGGCGUGGAUGGGAUUGGUGGUGGUAUCGGCGGUCGCUGGGAUGUUAGCCAGUGGAGCGGGUUUACUGGCGGCGAUAGCCAGAAUAAGGGCGGUGCUGGUAUCGGUGCUGGGAGGAGACAGAUUGUGGGGCCGAGGCCUUUGCCUAGUAGGCCGGGGUCUUAAGGUGACGGGGUGAUGGGUUACGCUUGGUGGUACUGAGGUAUUGGCUCUGGCCUUGGGUAUGGAUAUGAAUGUGGUACUGUAUUGAUGAUGGGGGGAGGUGAGGUUUGGUGGUUAGGUAGGUUUGAUGAAUAGAGAGAUUAAGGAUAAUGCAGUGAUGAGAUAUUUACAUGUUUUAUGUGCUGGA